GCGAGCAUUGCUCGUUCUCUCUUCCUCACCUUUCUCCUCCGCUCCCUCCGCCCUCGUCGUCCUCGCAUCACAUUCUACUCCAUCACACUCCGCUUUCUCCUCCUUACACUGCGCCCGCGAGGGCGACUGGCACUUCUGGACGGCCCACUAUGUCCCGACGCGAGCAGGAAGCCCUGCUCGCGCUAUUCAAUUCGUUCCGCCCCUCGCGGCGAGUCACCACGUUCGACCAGCUCUGCGAUGGCAAAGUCCUGCUCGAGGUCAUGCAUUCCAUCGACGGCACCCACUUCAAGGGCGGCCCCAAGUCACACGCGCGUACCUCCGGCUCGGGCGUUACUGGGCAGGACAAUUGGGUGUUGCGCAUGAACAUCAUGAAACGCUUGUACCGCCUCCUGCUGAGCUACCCGCUCAACCACCCCAACGCCCCCACAUUGGCGGUCACGACACUCUCUGAGCCCAACUUUAACGCCAUUGCGCGCCUUCCGAAAAGCGCCGAGGGCACAUCGGGCCUCACCCAGAUCUGCCGCAUGUGUGUGGCAGUCGGUGCGAUGGGCCCCGCCAACGAGCGCGUCAUUGCCAAGAUCCAGGCGCUCGACGAGGGAUCCAUGGUCGAGCUCAUGAAGACCAUAGAGGGUGUCAUGGCCACCCUUCCCAAGGGUCCCGAGGACGAGCCACACAAAGACUCGCAGCACGACAUCAGCCCCCCCAACUCGGCCCUGCGCGAAGAGCGCGACCGCUUGUUGUCGGAGAAUGACGACUUGCGGGCGCGCAUCGAGGGCAUGACGGAACAAGUGCAGGCGCUCAACAUCAACUUGAACGCAGCAAAGGAGAGCCAAGAGACGUUCCGCCGCAAAACGAUCGAGAACGAAGCAAUACGGGCCAAGGACGGGCCGUCCGAGGCAGAUAAUUUGCGCACCGACCUGGCACGCGCGGAAGACGGCCUCGCGGAGACUGAGGCAGCACUAGAGAAACAGACGGCGCUUGUCGCCGAGUUGUCGCGCACGGUGGAAGAGUUGCGCGCCACCGCCACCGAUGUCGGCAAGCUGCAGGACGAAAUUGACGAACUGCGCCAGGUCGAGGACCGGCUGCACAAAUCUGAAAACGUUAUUGAAAAGUAUAAGAAAAAGCUCGAGGAGGGCGCGGGGUUGCGCCGCGAGCUACGUACCCUUGAAGAGGAGAACGCGGCUUUGAUCGACAAAAACUCACACCUCGAGAGCGAGAUCAAGAAGCUCGGCGCGAGCAAGACGCUCGUCGACCACUACAAGAGCCAGAUUGAUGCGCUCGAGAAGAAGGCGCACGAUCAAGCCGCCGAGUUUGCACACCUCAGCGUGCGGCUAGAGGAGGUGCAGGAGUCUCUUGCCGCCAUGGAGCGCGAGCGCGACAUGGUCCAAGAAGAGCUGCAGGCGAGCCAGGAGCGCGUCAAGGAGUUGGAGCACGCACCCAGGCGUCAGCAGUCGAUGCUGCAGCUCGCCGACAAGAGUCUUGAGAUCGAGCUCGAGCACUCGGACUCGGAGGACGGCGUCAGCAAGACUGAUCUCAAGCUGCGCAUUCGUGCGCUCGAGCGCAAACUCGCCGAAGUCAACGCGCCGCGCGACGAGGCCGACCGGAUAGCUGCGCUCGAGCAGCUGCUCGCGGAGACGGAAAAGGCUCGUGAGCGCUACCAGAACGACUACAUGGAGGCGAACCGGCAGAGCCAGUUGGCGCAGGCCAAGCUCGAGCACAUCCUCACGGGGCGUGGUGGCGACAACACCCAGACGGCGCUGGCUCUCAGGCAACGCCUUGACGAGGUCUCGACCGAGCGUGACACGCUGCUCAAGGACAAGCAGGCAGCGGAAGACGCUCACGAAGACCUCGUGCGCCAGCUCACGUCUGCGCGUGCGGACCUCGGCCUUGUCGACAAAGACAAGCGCUCGAUCAUCGCUUCAGCGCGUGACGAGGCCAAAACGGAGACAGUCCAGUUCAGCGAGCAAGUGGCGACCCUCAAGGACGAGCUUGCGACACUGCGCGAGCGUGACCGCCUGCAUCUUGAGGAGAUUCGCCGCUUGAUGAUGGACAAGAUUGAGCUCCAGUCUGUUGGCAUGGCACACAACCAGGAGGCGCUUGAGCGUGAGCGCAAGCUUAACGACCUGCGCACAUCUCUCGAGGCCGGUGGCGCAUCACCCCGCUCGCAGGCCCAGAUACUUGACCUGCAGUCGCGCAACGACGUCCUCACGACCGAGGUCACCAGCCUCCACGACAAGCUCAAGAAGGCCCGUGCGUUCAUCAAGAACCAGGACGCCCUCUUCCGCGCCGAGCAUGACAAGAAGCUGUCUACUGGCUUCACGCAGCAGAGCCAGGACUUUGAGAACAAGAUUGCCGCGCUCAAGAACGAGCUCAGCGUGGCCAAGCACAAUGCGCUCUCGAUCGACAGCCGCUACCGCCUCGAGCAGCAGCUCAUGCUGGCAGCCUGGCACGACUUGGGUGCGCGCGUUGUGCGCGACCACGUCGGCGCUGCGGGCUUGCGGCGUCCCGCUGUCCAGCGUCCCGCGGGCACCUCAUGGCUCGCGCGACAGCGCAAGCACCAAGACGACGCUCUGUUCGCGCGGUGACGCCAAGGGCUGACCGCGGUGGCGCGCGUCGGCAUCUUCAUGAUCCGGCGCUGCGGGAAGUGAGACUCCGGCAGGAGACUUCGCGCUUGUGCAUAUUCUAUCUCUGUGACUUAUCUUCGUGUCUAUAAUUCUCUAUAAAGUCGAGGCGGAUCCGCGCGCCGCAGUAGACGCCGACCUUCAAACUCGAGACAGACGCACGUUACCCACCCCUCCAAGUACCCAGCACUCUGUCCAUACCAUCACUCAUUGCCCCGGCUCAGGCCCCACACUCCCUGCUACGACCACACUGUCCCUCUCCGGCCUCUACUUGCUCGAUUCGACACGGCCGUUUCAGCUGUGCCAUGCCCGCAUUCUGCGAUGCUGUACUAGACUUGCUCGUAUGCAGAAAGUCUCCGU